AUCUAGAAUUACCGACAAUAGCUAAGUACACAACAGCUGAAACAGUUAACAGCUCUCUCAAAACUAUUUUGACAGAACUGCCAUCCAUCCCAACCAAACGCUAACUGCAAGCAAAGGCGUCCCCAACGAAAAAAUAUUUUUCAAAUCAGUUCAGGCGUCUUCGAGUAAUCGGUAAACAUACAUAAAAAAAAGAUUCCGACGAAUUGAUAACCUCCUUCUUUUUUUCAAAUCGGUUAAUAAAAUCUCUGUGAUUUCUGAGCAGUGAGCACAGACUUUUUAAAAACAUAAUAUCCAAUAUCUAUUAAUAAUGUGUGAAGUGUGAUUUAUAUCUUCAUUUUUCGUCUGUGAUUUAUAUUGUCUCUGGACCAAAGAGUAAAUUCUUUUGAUGUACUAAAACAAAAAUUAAUAUUUAGAAAAUAAUCCAAUUUAAUUAUUAAAACCAGAAUUUAAAAGAUUUUUUAACAUCAUAGUAAGAUAUUUUAAGUUACAAACUCAAAAAAUAUUAGAAGCUAUCCCCAGCGCUGUAAAUAAUAUUUAAUUUAAGUAUUUGUGUGCGUCAAGAAAACAAUUUACAAUGUUUAUAAGUAAAACAUAGCCAAAAAAUGAGGUGUUGUGUCCGAAACUGUGGUAACGAUACCAAGAAAACAACUAAGAGCCAUGGAAUCACGUUUCACAUGUUUCCCAAGGAAACGAAUCUCAGGAAUGCCUGGAUGGAGGCGUUGGGUAUUACCGAAGAGCCCAGAGAUAGAAGUGCAGUGUGCUCGGAACACUUCCAGCAAGAGUCGUUCUACGAGACCAGACGUGGGCUGAGGAGGAUCAAGAGUGGUUCAGUGCCGCUGCCAUUGGAUGGGUCUGAUGAAGAUUUGGAUGCUCCAGCCACACUUAGGGUGUGCAGAGUGUGUCUGUCCAUGAACGUGACAAUGUAUCACAUGUCGGAGAAGAACUUGGGCCUGAUGUACGAACAGACAGUCGGUAUGCCUAUAAGCGCCAACGACAGACUACCACAGAAGCUGUGUUGGGAGUGCGUGGCGAGGCUGACAUCCGCGAGCCACUUCCAGAGGAAAGCCAUGAGGUGUCAGACCUUACUGACCAACAGACUCGAGGUGGAUCGAUAUAUAACUAUAAGAGACAUUAAAUCAAUAAGCCGUGCGCAUCAUCAUCUUAAAUCAAAUUUGGGUCAAAAAAUAUAUGAAACAAACGAAUACGAUGUCGUUUUGAACGAGCACGACAUCGAACCCGUUAAAACGGAGGAAGUCAACGAUUGCAAUGGAAUUAAUGAUGAUAACGGUAUUAACGACAACGAUGACAAUGGAGUUAAUAACGAUGAUGAUUUUAAUAACGACAACGGAAGCAACUGUGACUUCAAAUGUGAAGUCGAAGUGAAAGACGAACAAGCAAACAAUGAAAUAUUUUUCGAAGAGUAUCCAGUUUUUGAUGAAAGUGAUAAUGUAACUUUGAGUGAAAUGUAUAAAAAAGAUAAAGUGAAAAAGAAGAAGCAGGUAAAGAAAGUUAAGCAGACGAAAGAGAAGGUUAAAAGGAGAAAAGAUGACUGUGAUAAUCCUUCCAGUACUAUGGACAAGUACAAAAACUCCGAUGUGAAGCGUAGAAAAACAACAGACAACCUAGACGAGUCUCUCUUCACAAUCACUACCCUCACAUACGAGGAACAAAUAGCGGAGAUACAGACGCGACAGAACACCGCCUCAUACAAGAGCGCGCCCUACAAAUGCGGCGCGUGCUUCCGCGGCUUUCACGUGCGGGACCGGUACGAUGCGCACGUCAUCCGACACAGCGAGCAAAGCGGCGCCUACGAAUGCUUCAUAUGCAAGACGAGGUUAAAGACUGGGCGCGCGCUACGCAAGCAUCUCACCGCGCAACAUACUGAGAAGUUUAGCUGUAAAGGAUGUCCGUUUGUCACUAGGAACAGAGGAGUGGCGAGAGAGCACGAGAAAUGGCACGCGGGAACGAAAUACCAAUGUCCGCACUGUCCUAGCGAGUUCGAUAAACUGACCACAUACAUGGGCCACAUACGAAUCAAACAUGUAUCGGACUUCGUGUGCGAGCUGUGCGGCUAUACGUUCGUGAGCAAGAAGGGCAUAGACGUGCAUAAGAAGAAAAAGCAUAGACUAGCGGAGAAGAAU